AAACAAUCCAAGCCGGGAGGAGAAAGUCGCGAACAAGGCGAAAAAUCGGGGCGUUCUUGGGCCACCCACGAAGGUGCAGCGACUCGGAUCGCCCGCGAAGAAUUUCAAUCCGUUUGGGUGAAAGAAGAUGACGCAGCUGGUGCUCCAGGGUUUUUAUUUUUUUUUCAGUUUUUUUUUUCGAUUGGUAUUGCUUGUGCUAUUCCUAUUGUUUCCAAAUGCAAGAACACGAUAAUUGUUGAAUUUUUUCACCUCCAUGCAUGUGAUCGUCGUACUUAUUUACCUCAUAACGCAAUUAUGCCUACUCUACUCCGAUGAUCGAUCAUUAAUUUACCACUUUGUUCCACCGCUACAUUGAGUUUUUUUCUCGCACCAUCGAAGUACCCACCUCUUCAUGGUUUUUUGACAACAUUUUUUGUUUCGCCGAGUCUAUUUCAGUUUCGCUUUCAUCAAACUAAGGAGUUCUUGCACUUGCUUGUGCAGGAGCAGGAGUGUCCUUCCAGUAUAAAAAAAAUGCAUGAUACGAUGUUUCAGCAGGUUCAUGCAGGGUCGGGUCAAUCAGUAUACUUUUUGAAUUCAAUGUAGGAUAGACAUGAAUGUCAUAGUUUUAUUCGUCAACAUGCGACGACUGUUAUUGUGUCUGCCGAAGGACGAGAUUUACUGAAAAAUUAUGAAAAACAACAUUGAAUAGAACCAUGUAAAUUACCAUUUGAGCAGUUGCGCUUCUUGUACAAUUUAAUUCAAUUUGAUUGUAAAAAAUGCUACAACGACUACUACAUGCUGUCGUCGCGGCCGCGGCCGUGGACGCCGAAUAAUUCUUGAAUGCAUACGAAACUGCUGCAGAUUUUUAGUACUUACUUGCUUUCCAUAAAUAUUGCUGGUAGUGACAAAAACACAAACUACGCCUCCACGCAGAAACGCUUGGGAUGUUGUAACAAAGCCUCUACUUGUCCUUGUGUCUCGACAGUGGUCGACGCACAGAGAAGAUCUUCUGUUCGCACUAGUAGUAGGAGACGACUCGUCUCCGGUUUGUACACUGCACCGCAGUGGUACAACUUGCGCGUGCGCUGCCGCUGCCCAGCGCCGGCCACAGAUAUCGAUACGUUUAAAAAA